CCGCGUUCCCCUCCCCUCAUUGUCAGCGCCCGCACCCGCCGCCCGAGCCCGGAGCCCCCGCGGGCUGCGGUGCCCAAGCCCGGGCUGGAGCGCAGCGCGGGAAGGGAGGGAGGGCAGCGCGGCCGCUCCGCCGCCCAGGGUGAGAUCGUUUCCGUUCAAAGCAACGGGAACGUACCGGGAACACACGAGGUGUUAAAGACCGCACCUUUCACCCAAAAGGAAUAAAAACAGAAACAUGGCAGAAUUGACAAGCUACAAGGAGACCUCAAACCGGCACCUGCGAUUCAAACUGCAGAGCCUCAGCCGCCGCCUCGAUGAGCUGGAGGAAGCCACCAAAAACCUGCAGAAAGCGGAGGACGAACUGCUCGAUCUCCAGGACAAGGUAAUUCAGGCCGAGGGCAGCAACUCCAGCAUGCUGGCCGACGUCGAGGCCCUAAGGAAAAGGGUGCUGAAGAUCGAGGGCAAGGAUGAGGAGAUAAGGAAGGCUGAAGAGCUUUGCCGGUUGAUGAAAGAGAAGCUUGAGGAGGAAGAGGGUCUCACCCGAGAGCUGAAGUCACAAAUCGAACAUCUCCAGAGGAGGAUGGCGGAGCUGGAGAAGCUGGAGGAGGCGUUUGGGAGGAGCAAGAACGACUGCACGCAGCUGUGUCUGAGCCUCAACGAAGAGAAGAACCUGACCAAAAAGAUAUCUACAGAAUUAGAAGUACUUAGGGUGAAAGUGAAAGAACUGGAAGCAUCUGAGGACAGGCUGGAUAAAACCGAGCAGAGCUUAACAGGCGAGUUAGAAAAACUAAAGUCCUUGGCGCUGAGCUUUAUCACAGAAAGAAAACAUUUUAAUGAAAGAGAAAAGCAGAAUGAAAAAAUAAUCCAGGAGCUAACGCAGAAACUAGAACAGAACAAUAAACUAAAAAGGGCAGAUCAAACUAGAAAUGCAUCCAACUUGCUAGAAAGGUCAUCAAAUAAUCUCCUGGACAGAAACGAUUUGAGAAUUGAAGACGACUUGACUUCUGCGUUGCCCUCUAAGGAGACCAGGAGGAAGGGAAGCGUGGAUUACCUGAAGCAUGUAGAAAAUGAGACCAGGAAUAAAUCAGAAAAUCAAAAGAAUAAAAAUCAGGAAGACAACAAAGUGAAAGAUCUCACCCAAGAAAUCGAGAAGCUUAAAACUCAGAUCAAACGUUUCGAAUCUUUAGAAGAAGAACUUAAAAAAAUGAGAGCCAAGAACAACGACCUGCAAGACAGUUACUUGAGCGAACAGAAUAAAAACAAACUCUUAGCGGGUCAGCUAGAAGAAAUAAAAAUGCAAAUAAAGAAACAGAAAGAUCUGGAGAAUGGAGAGGUCGAAAAUGAAGAUACGAACUUUUCCAGCAGGGGAAAGCACGACAGGCCCAAAUACAGGGGUGUCACGGCCGAGUUGGCCAAGCACAAGCCGCGGGAGGUCUCGCCACAGCAGCGCCGGGACAGGGCGAGGAACAGAGAUUUCUGUGUCAGUAACGACAGCUACAGCCAUGGGGUUAAGCAGGUGCCCAGUCCGAGCUUAACGAACAGAAAAGCAGGAAGAGCGUCUGGUGCAUCUGCCCUGUUGGACACAGAUACAAAAAGACUGGAAGAGAAAUCUUUAGUUUCCACUUUUUCUUCUGGUGGCGUCGCACAGAGCGAGGGGAGGAGGCCCAAAGAGCAGCCGUCCGUCCUCAGCCGGUAUCCUCCCGCCGCACAGGAGCAGAAAUCGUGGAAAGCGCCUUCCAAAUCCAUCGGUGACCCGGGCCUGAGAUCCAAGGCUGAAAAGCCGUCCCAGGGCUUCCGCGGCAACUGCCCGAGCGGUGCCGAGACACCGGAUGAAAAGUCAGGUAAAGGAGAAUCGGCGGCUUCUUUGAAGCUGAAAACAGGUCAGGGAGAAGUGGGUGAGUGCGCGGGGGACGCGCUGCUGGCCCGGGGGAGCCACGGCUGUCCCAACGGCGCCGCUUCGGCCGGCCAGUUCCACCUCUCUAAAGCAGAAACUGUGAAGGCGCUAGUGGCGUCGCACAGACAGCCCUCGGAGGGGAGGGCGAAAAGAGCAAUAAUCUCCCAGGAAAAAGAAUCCGCAGACGCGUCACUCGAAAGCGCGAAGACUUCGACGUUAACGAAGCGUUCGCAUCGCUCCAGAAGUCAGGAGGACAUUCUGCAGAUCCUCACAGGUCUCGAUAAAGAAGGCAUGGAGGAGUGUUCAGCAGUGAAUCAUGUAAAUUCUGGCUUAAAGACAGACUCCAAAACCAUCCAGAGUAACGAUGAAAAACCAAAUUCAGAUGAAGAAUCAGAAAGCAGCAAAAAAAUAACCGCUCAGUCAGAUUUUGAGACAAGGAAGAAAGUCAGUUCCAAGCAGUUCUCGAAUUCCAGGGGAGUUUUUAGAGCAUCGCUUUUUGAAAAUGACAGAAACACUGCAAAUGAUGAAGACUCCACCAAGUGUAUAAAACCAUCUGAUGCCAGCACUGGAGGAUUUAAAUCCAGAAGGUCGUUCAGCCCAAGAGAAGCUCUGAGAUCAAAAGCUGUUAUUAAACCUGCGAUUGUUGAAAAGGAUAUGAAGGCAGUGAUGGGAGGGACUGUUCCUGAGGCUGAUGCAGAAAGGCAGAAGUCUGUUUUUAAAACGGUAACAAAUAAAAUGACAAGCAGCAUCACAAUCUUCCCUUCUGAGCCAACAGCUCCACGGAGCAGCGCCGAUACAUCAGCGAAGGAACGGCACGUUAGCACCAGCAACAUCAGAGUCGCUCCAAAUGAGCCUUCGCCGAUAACAAACAAUCACCCCACACCUUUUGAGAUCUCAAUUAAUAGAAGUGCUCUGAAAUUAUCCGAGACAGACAGAACUGGAGAGGCGGCGCCGAGGAGUAAAGCGGAGACAGUGAUCUCCAGGAGCAGCAUUGUGAUAAAGACUUCCGAGCUGGCGGAGCGGAGCAGCGAGCUGCUUGCGGAGACAAUCAGCUGGAAGAGCCAUGGAGCUUCGGAUGCAGCUUCAUCCGACACGAAACAUGUCACUGUGAGGAGCUCCUGGAGGACGAGACAAGGCUUACAUUCCCUGGAGGACUCUCCAACCAAAAGCGCAGUUUCCAGUGCUACAAACACGUGUAGGUCCUCAGUGGACCUCUCCGAAAUGGAAAGGAGCAGCGCAAGAACGAACUCGGUGGAGCAGAGCCCAGCGAGGAGCGCGGCCGAUUCCUGCAGCACCCCCGGACUGGGGGCCCGAAGGACCAAAAGUAACUUAAGUGCAUCCGAGCUGCUCACACGCCGGAGCUGCGCCAGUGAUCCCACGGCAGGUUCUGCUUGGCACCGCAACGCGCUGCCCGAUGAAGGCAAAGAUGCUGUGCCCAGUUCCAGAAGAAAACAGUCCGGCUCUUCUGAGCACCUCUCGCAGGUGGACACGCCAGGGAGAAGAGCAGCGGUGAAAACGGAGCUGCCGGACCCCGAAUCCAACCCCCACGCCCCGCUGGGUCUGCAGGCGGACGAGCAGGGUCCUUCCCGUGCCUGCCGGACAUCUCGGAGAUGAGCUGUGUUCCCUUCCACUCAACCAACACGCUGCACAGUGGAGCACGAGGUGGGAUGGUACCACGCUCACGGGUGUCACACCUGUUUGUACCCUCUCCAGAGGCUGAAGCCAGUUUCCUAAUGCGAUUUGCAAGGUACAGGAGCUUUCCCAGUUAAUUCUUUUUCUUCAUUCGUUGCUGAAGAGGCAGCUGCAGAGACUUUGCUCAGGGGACUCCCACUUCUCAUCUCUGUACCUGCAAUCUCCGUAGGACAACAGGUCUGUCUCCAUAUGGAAACUGUAGCCACUCUGGACGAUGGUACUCCCUGGACAAGAGAGAACUGCUUGCUGAUCACUUGCAUUUAGACAUGAUCCCUGUGACUACAGCCCACCAGCCCAGGACAGCCCCUGUCGGGCCUUGUCAGGGUCUGUUGGGCUCUGUUGGGCUUUGUCAGGCUUUCUCAGGCCAUGUCAGUCUUAGUUGGGCCCUGCUGGACUUUGUCGAGCCCUGUCAGGCUUUGUUGGGCUCUGUCAAGCUCUGUCAGGCUCUGCCAGUUCCUAGGGAGCGUUUGCAUUCUUCUUGUUGGCUUUGGUUGUGGUUAUCUCAGUGCCCAUGUUCUUCACACCCUCUUUGUCUAGGCAGGAUGAAACCACCCCCCUGGUUGAUUUACACAUUAAGCAGAGCAGAAAAUGUUGUAAGCAGCAGUUUUUUCCUUAUCGCUGUCAGUCUCCAUGACAAGCUUUGCAUGACCUGCUCAUCACCGUCUGAGCUGAACCAGCGGCAGCGAAACCUCCUCCUGACUUCACCUGAAGCUUCGUGUCCAUCCCACUCUGCAGACAAGCGGGAUGUCCUUGUUCCUUCCAAAAAUAGGGUGGACAUGAUCUCGGUCUGUCGCCCUUUGUGGAGCAGCACAUCCCCACGUGUGGGACCCAGGGGCGGGCAGAGGCUGCUCCACACCCACAGGCACAGGGACGGUGCUGCCCACGCUCAGCCCCACAUCUCACCCCCCACAGCAGCCACCGUCUGUCUGUCUGUCUGUCUGUCUGUCCACACCCACACAUCUGGGAAUUACCCGCCUCUAUUCUGAGAGGCAAAUGAAUCAAACAAACCAAAACAGCUGGUUGGAAAAUAUCUAUGAAAACAUUUAUAUAAAAGUGUUUUAAUUAGGUGAUUUUUUUUGUUGUUGUUUGGAGGAAGGGAAAAAUUAUUUUUGAGAAAAAAGCAUUUUCUUCUGCAGCUUUUAGAUGGUUUCCCAAAUUUCUAUUUUUAACUCUUCAUUUUAUUCUUUUAUAUUUCAUGCUAUGUGUAAGCAUCAAUUUGCUUAACGAGAUAAAAAGAUAAUGCUUUUAAGUUAGUACUAAGUGGCAGCUCAAAUAAUCUUAAAUUAUAUUAAAAUAAAUUAUAUCACCUGCUGUUACCAGUUCACAACACGGCAAGGGGAUGAAUGACCGUGAAGUGUAAUGGGAGAAGCUUUUAAACUCAAAAUCCAAACUAAAACUCGGCUUCCCCAUCAGCUUUUCGACCGACACCACAACCCCACGGCUCCUCAGGUGGUGGAAUCAGCAUCAUUUCUCCUUUUUCCAGCUGCCUCGGUCCUUUGUUCAAUAUUUUACCUUGAACUCUCACUACUUGUUAAAAAGUGAACACGGAUGUCACUCGGUGGCUACACCGGGUUGUUUUCACCACAACUGAGAAAGAAAACCCUCCUUAAAAACCGAAAGGGGCCACGUCCUCUACCCACGAGUGCAAUAGGAGCUGAUUGUAUUAUUGAACUUAUAGCAAUGACUUCAGGAAACACGAUGUGUUUGACUCAAAUUGCACAUUUUUGAACGGCUGUAAAAUAGAAUCUAUGUGUAAAUAUUGCCAUCAUUGAAGUGGUUGUAAUUUUAGCAUAUAAAUAUAACGGGCUUUCCAGCGGGCUUGAUGACGCUGCGAGGCCGAGCGGUGAGUAAUUCCAAAGCUGUAAAUGUAUUUAGUGUACAGAGGAAACGGAGCUGCUGGUCCUUGGUGCUUCAAGAGACACGUGGGCAACGUCCUGGCUCCGGACUGAAGCAAUAGUCACGGCGGUGUCACCUCCAGCACAGUCGACAUCAUCUCUUGCACAUCACGGGGCGGGCAAAGCUCCGUACGCGAUGAAACACGAAGCCAUUGUUUGCAGAUGGUCGGUAACCGAAGGACCCAAAGGAUCUCUCUCCUGCCUUGGGAGGGAACGCUCCAGGCUGCACGGAAUGUAUUUUUAAGACAAAAAUCUAUUUUUUUUUGUAUUAUGCAGACAUAUAUUUGGGCUGGGGCAGCUUAGUUAGAAGACAAGUAAUGCAAGGAAUAGAAGACAAAUAAUGCAAGAAAUUCACAGACUCAUCCAAGUUAAGCCAAUUUUCCAGUAUUGCCUAUUUCCCUAAAACUCUUAGAGCUCUCAGCACUGUUCGCCCUCUCGACACGCGCAUAGAGGGAAACCAGCUCAUUCCUCCCCAGGAUACAGAUGGUGCUCAACCUCCUUAUUCUGCAUGCCAAAUGAAACACACACCCUUAUCUGCAUGUCUCUCCUGACUCGAAUGCUGUCAGCUCUGCAGUAUAUAACCAAUAAAAACUCUUCUCUUUUUA